CUUGAUUCACGAAGUUGGAAGUUAGAACGACAAAUACCUACUAGGUACCUCCCAGUUGAUAUUUCUUAGUUGUCAAAAACUUGUCCAUAAAAUUCAUAUUUCUAUGUAAAUUCAGUAGAGUGGCCCGUGGCAAGCUUUCGAGGGUUUUUUCCAAAACUUGUGCAAGUGAUGUGUAGUGUUCAGAACUGAUAAAAUGAAUAUUACUUAUCAUUAAAAAUUGUGUUGUGAAACAAUAAUUUUGCUUAAAUUUAUCUACGAUAGUGAAGGAUGACAAUGGACAAGCAAUUGGUAUGGGUGCGCGACGGCGGCGAAGGGUUCAUCCUGGCGCGGCUGCAGGAGCUGAUGGGGGAGGAGUGCGACGUGUUCCCGCUGGACAACAAGCACCCGCGCCGCACUGUCAACUUCGACGACAUCUUCCCUGCCGGGGAUCCCGCCAAGGAUGUCGACGACAACUGUGAGCUGAUGUUUCUGAACGAAGCUACACUACUGAAUAACAUGCUCUUGCGCUACAAGAAAAGGAAAAUUUACACGUACGUGGCCAACAUCCUGCUGGCUGUGAACCCAUACGAAGACAUCCCCGACAUGUACUCGCCGAGCACCAUCAAGAAGUACCAGGGCAGGUCGCUCGGGGAACUGCCACCGCACGUUUUUGCUAUCGCCGACAAAGCGUUCCGUGACAUGAAGUCACUGAAGCAGUCCCAGUCCAUCAUAGUGUCGGGAGAGUCUGGCGCGGGCAAGACCGAGUCCACGAAGUACAUCCUGAAGUAUCUGUGCGACCUGUGGGCCAAGGGCGCGGGGCCCGUCGAGCAGAAGAUAUUGGACGCGAACCCAAUACUAGAAGCAUUUGGCAACGCGAAGACAACGCGCAAUAACAACAGCUCCCGGUUCGGCAAGUUCAUGGAGGUGCACUUCAGCGCCAAGUACCAGGUGGUGGGCGGGUUCAUAUCGCACUACCUGCUGGAGAAGUCCAGGAUCUGCACCCAGAGCGCCGAGGAGAGGAACUACCACGUGUUCUAUCUGCUGUGCGCCGGGGCGCCGCAAGAACUUCGAGCUGCGCUUAAAAUAACGAAACCUGAUGAUUAUUUGUAUUUAAAGAACGGUUGCACCCAAUACUUCACGACCCCGCAGUCCGCUAAGAAGAUAUCGGCAAGCCAGAUGGGCCAACAGCAUCAGAAACGAGGCGGCCUGAGAGAUCCCAUACUUGACGACGUUGAGGACUUCCAGAGACUACAUCAGGCACUAUCCCGUGUUGGUCUAUCAGAAGAAGAGAAGAUUUCCGUGUACAGCAUAGUGGCUGCCGUGUUGCAUUUGGGAAACAUAGAGUUUGAGGAAGAGGGCGGACCCAGAGGGGGAUGCAAAGUCUGCCCCAACUCUGAGGGGACGCUCCAGACGGCUGCGUCCCUGUUGGGGAUCGAGGCUGGCGAAUUGAGAAUGUCGCUGGUUUCAAGAUUGAUGCAGAGCUCUAGAGGAGGGAUGAAAGGCACUGCUAUUAUGGUUCCCCUUAAGACCCACGAGGCGGUGAACGCUCGAGAUGCUCUCAGCAAGGCGGUCUACAGCCGGCUGUUCGACCACAUCGUGUACCGGAUUAACUGCAGCAUCCCAUUCCAGACAUCUGCGUACUACAUCGGCGUGCUCGACAUCGCUGGAUUCGAGUACUUCGAGCAGAAUAGCUUCGAGCAAUUCUGUAUCAACUACUGCAACGAGAAACUUCAGCAGUUCUUCAACGAGCGGAUCCUGAAGAAUGAACAGGAGUUGUACAGGCGGGAGGGACUCAACGUGCCCGAGAUUAGAUUUGUUGACAACCAGGAUUGUAUAGAUCUCAUCGAGAGCAAGAACCACGGCAUCUUCCACAUAUUGGACGAGGAGUCAAAGCUGCCCAAGCCAGAGUUCGGCCACUUCACACAUUCCGUGCACAAACAACUGAGCUCUAGUAACGCGAGGUUACAAGUACCUCGCACGUCGCGACUGAAAGCUCACCGAACAUUACGCGAUGACGAAGGAUUUCUACUGAGACACUUCGCUGGUGCAGUCUGCUACAACACGAGUCAAUUCAUCGAAAAGAACAACGACGCAUUGCACGCGUCGCUCGAGUUCCUUGUGCAGGAAUCUCGGAAUAGGCUGGUGCAGCAGUUGUUUGAGAACACAGAUAACAAUAAUGCAAAAGGAAAACUGAACUUUAUUUCUGUUGGCGCUAAGUUCCAAUCUCAGCUGUCCCAGCUCAUGGACAAGCUUAAAGAAAAUGGCACAAACUUCAUCCGAUGCAUAAAGCCGAACUCCCGCAUGGUGGGCGGCGAGAUAGAGGGAUCCCUCGUACUCACCCAGCUACAGUGUAGUGGAACUAUAUCCGUGCUGGAGCUGAUGGAGCACGGCUACCCGUCCCGUGCGCCCUGCCACGAGCUGCACGCCGUCUACAAGGAGCACCUCCCCGCGGCGCUGCAUUCCUUGUCGCCGGAGCUCUUCUGUCAGGCGAUGAUACACAGCUUCGGUCUAUCUGACAAGGACUACAAGUUUGGCGUGACGCGUGUAUUUUUCCGGCCCGGAAAGUACUCGGAAUUCGACUCCAUGAUGCGAUCCGACCCGGAGAACUUGCAAGCGAUCGUGGGUUCGGUCCUGGCCUGGCUCGUGAAGAAGAGAUGGAGAAGGGCUGCGUUUUCUGUACUAUCCAUUAUUAAGUUAAAGAAUAAAAUACUGUACCGCCGAGAGUGUCUCAUAAGAGUGCAGAAGUCUGUGAGAGGCUACCUCGUUCGACGACAGCACAAGCCGAGGUACCAGGGCAUCAUAAAGAUCAAAGCGCUCGAGAACAAUCUGCGUGAGAUGGAGACAGUCACAGCGCAACUAAAGAAGGAUAAAGACAGUGCGAAGAAAAAUAUAGAGAACUUGAGGAACAAUAUUAGGAGCACAUGUUCGAUUAUCAAGAGAAAUGAGAAAAUAAGUCGCCAAGAGAUAGACCAGGUGUACACUAAACUCACGAAAGAGGUUGAAUCGUUAAUGGCUGCCUUACAAAAAGCUAUGCUUGAUCAGAAAAAUAGGGAGGAACAAGAACGACUUCGGAGAUUGGAGGCGGAACUUCGUGCUGCCGAAGAGGCAAAGAGACAAGAGAUGGAGAGGAUCAGGCAGGAGGAGGAAAACCGUAGACUAAAAGCUGAAAUGGAAGCACGUCGCAAAGCUGAGGAGGCGGAGCGGACGAAGCAAGAGGAAGCAGACCGCGUGGCGGCAUUCAAGCUGCAGCAGCAGUUAGAGGAAGCGGCUCGUGCUGACCAGGAGAACAGAGAUAGGUUAGAACAAGAGCGACGUGAUCACGAAAUGGCGGUCAGACUCGCACGAGAGACAAACGGGCACGUCGAAGGAUCGCCGCCACAGCUUCGGAGUUUCCCAACAAUGGACUCGAUGAACGGAGAAAAUAAAUUGAACAGGUCGGAGCGGGUUCGGAUGCAGCAAGCGAUGCAAGGCAAGCAGAAGUACGACCUCUCCAAGUGGAAGUACUCCGAGCUACGGGACACCAUCAACACAUCCUGCGACAUCGAGCUGUUAGAGGCAUGUCGUCAUGAGUUCCAUCGACGACUGAAGGUGUACCACGCGUGGAAGGCAAAGAAUGCACGCAAGAGUACCAUGAACGAACAGGAGAGGGCGCCACAGUCCAUCAUGGACGCAGCGAAAACCCCGCGUCUCCCACAAAAGGGCGACAUCCUGGGCGCGCGACACCGCUACUUCCGCAUCCCGUUCGUGCGCGCGGGCGACGGCGACAAGCGCGGCUGGUGGUACGCGCACUUCGACGGACAGUACGUGGCGCGACAGAUGGAGCUACACGCGGACAAGACGCCCGUGCUGCUGCGAGCGGGUGUGGACGAUAUGCAGAUGUGCGAACUAAGCCUUGACGAAACAGGUCUGACCCGCAAACGUGGCGCCGAGAUACUGGAGCACGAAUUCGAGAGGGAAUGGGCCCUCCACGGAGGACCGCCCUACAGACCCACGCACUAGAGCUGACUGAUCGUGUUGCAGAGGUAGGCUCACUGAUAGAUCGGGCGCGGCUCAUCGGUGACAUCGUAGUCUUAGUAUAAUUAGAGCUUUGAACGUGCCUUGAGGGUAGUCGGAUAUAGUAGUGCAAUACAUACAUACAUACACAACUGUUUCCAUAACGAGUUUCAUAACUACAAGUACAAAUAUAGUAUUAGAUCCAGUUAUGCAUAUAUGUAUUGCUAUAGUCUUUAUGAAUUUCCAACUGCAACAAUAUUAUCUUUGGCCGUAUUUUUGUAUAACUGGUUUAAUUAAUUAUAUUGUGUAUCAUAUAAAACAUACAAUGCCUUUUAAAGAAGUUUAAAUAAAAUUUAAACAUAAAGUGCCUAACGUUUAGUAAUAAGUUGGUUUUACACACGACCAUAAUUCUAAGGUUUUUUUUAUUACUAUAUUAAUUAUUAAAUGAAAUCAACAAGUUAGCUAAUGAUGUUUAUAUAAAAAUAUAUUUGAAUCACAUUUAGUCAAUUAAAACCUAUUUUCAAUACCAAUAUAUAAUAAUACCAACUUAUCUGUGAUGUGGCAAAAAUAUCAACUACGGUCGCCAUAAUGAAAUGUCAUUUGACUGUCAGUGUCUACUACUUUCGAGUGUUCCGUGUGUUUUACUGCGAUACUUCUGAAUUUUAAACGUUAAAUAUGCCCCGACUUUUGUGCACAUUGGAAUUAAUUAGCAACACUGAAACGACGAUGGCGACACCCAUCAGUCACUGACCUCUAAUAUAUAGCACUGGACUGGCGGCUGUCAAAGUGCUGUUGUGCCUGUUUGAUAUUCGCCAUUAUGGCGCUGUUGGCCAUGUAGCGAGAGUCUGUGGUACUAAAACUAGUUAUGACAACCUCAGCAAACAUCGAUAGAUGGUGCAAAACUAUUUACAAAAAAAAUGUGUACUUUAUUAUGUUGAUUCUUGAAUAACACGGAAAUCGAACGAAAUUUAUUCAAAAUGCAAAAAUACUUCAGAGUAUUUUACGUUCCUUCGCAGCCAUUUGUAUUAUACGUCAAAAUUAGUUCUCUGGACGCUCGCGAGUGGAGCUUCAAAUAGGCACAAAAAAAAUUCUGUCAAACAUAUGGAACAGCCAGUCUAGUGAUAUUUAUACAGAUCAGUGUCAUCAGUUCACAGAUAAGUUGGUGGCACUGACUACUGUGGAUGUUAAAAGUAUAAUUAUUCAGUCUUAUUCAUUCCACAUGUAUCGUGUUUUAUUAAUUUUUUUGUGAUAUGUAAGAAUAAGUAGUGUAUAUUUUAUAUGAACAUACAGCAUUUAUUAUAUCCAAGUACAUACAAGUUAUAAAUUUCUCAUGAGAGAAGGUAAUAAGGGUAGAUUACUUAUAUAACAAAUUAUGUUAAUUUUGACACUUUAUGUCAGCUACUAAUAGAUAACAGAUCGGAA